AUUACGUUUCCAGUGUUACAGUCAACACGGUAUAGGAACGUCAAUUGUGUCAGAUCGAAGUGGAGCGAGUUCAGUUCGCGAUUAAAUUGUACGAGUAACUGUUGACCCAGUGACUGACAUUUCCAUAUUAUCGACAAGGUGAUUCGCGCGCGUGCACUCGACGGCGUACCAGUGUGCGAUAAUCAGCUAUUGAUCCCGACAGCGGCAGGUUGAUCUUGCCACACCCUACAGCUUAGUGGCCAUUUUGGACACGACAGAAGACUCGCUUCUUCUGCUUCCCCAAUCAUGGAUCAAAUCACGCCUAAGGAAGUGAAGAUUCUUGAGAAUCCCGAGGACAUUCAAGAUAGACGUGACCAAGUGCUGCGACGAUAUGCCAACUUCAAGGUGGAAGCGCGCAACAAGCGCGAAAGACUCGAAGACUCCCGUCGCUUUCAAUAUUUUAAGCGAGAUGCGGAUGAACUCGAGGGAUGGAUUUAUGAGAAACUCCAGGCAGCUUCUGAUGAGAGCUACAAAGAUCCAACUAAUCUGCAGGCAAAAAUUCAGAAACAUCAGGCCUUCGAGGCAGAAGUCGCAGCUCAUUCAAAUGCCAUUGUGCUACUUGACAAUACUGGCUCAGAAAUGAUAGCUCAACAUCAUUUUGACAGCGAUACAAUUCGCAAAAGAUUAGAGGACCUACAUCGCCUAUGGGAAUUACUGUUAUCCCGAUUGGCUGAUAAAGGGCUGAAGCUGCAGCAGGCCUUGGUACUCGUGCAAUUUAUUCGUCACUGCGACGAGGUAAUGUUCUGGAUUCAUGACAAGGAGGCUUUUGUGACGACCGACGAAUUCGGACACGACUUGGAGCACGUGGAGGUGCUUCAAAGGAAAUUCGAUGAGUUUCAAAAAGACAUGGCCAGCCAAGAAUACAGAGUCACGGAAGUUAACGAGAUGGCGGAUAAGCUGCUGCUGGACGGACAUCCCGAGCGUGACACUAUUCUGCGCAGGAAAGAAGAGCUCAACGAAUCUUGGCAAAGAUUGAAGCAAUUGGCGAUACUGCGACAGGAAAAGCUGUUCGGAGCACAUGAAAUUCAGAGAUUUAACCGCGAUGCCGACGAGACCAUGGCUUGGAUCGCGGAGAAAGACGUGGUUCUAUCGUAUGACGAUUUCGGCCGGGACCUCGCCAGUGUACAGACCCUGCAACGAAAACACGAAGGCAUCGAACGUGACUUAGCCGCUCUCGAGGAUAAAGUGUACACAUUAGGUGCAGAGGCAGAUCGCCUUGCCGCGAUUCAUCAGGCGGAUCACUCCAACCAGAUUCAAGCUAAGCGCGCCGAGAUCCUGCAGUCAUGGGAGAGUCUGACGGCGAAAGCGAAAGAGCGCCGCCUGAAACUUGACGAGUCUUAUUAUUUGCAUCGCUUCUUGGCUGAUUUUCGCGACUUGGUAUCAUGGAUGAACGACAUGCGCGCCAUCAUCUCCGCGGAUGAGCUGGCUAAGGACGUAGCUGGUGCUGAAGCCUUAGUCGAUAGACAUCAAGAGCACAAAGGAGAGAUUGAUGCCAGAGCAGAUAGCUUCGACGCCACUACGUUAGCCGGCAACAAACUUCUGGAGAAAAAACAUUACGCGGGCGAAGAAGUAACGCUCAAAUUGAAUUCUCUUGCUCAAGACAAAUCGUCUCUCUUGAACCUAUGGGAGAAGAGACGCAUCUUGUAUGAGCAAUGCGUGGACCUGCAGCUGUUUUAUCGAGACACCGAGCAGGCGGACGCGUGGAUGGCUAAGCAAGAAGCGUUUUUGGCUAACGAGGAUUUGGGAGAUUCUCUGGACAGCGUGGAGGCGCUUAUAAAGAAGCAUGAAGACUUCGACAAGUCGUUGGCGGCUCAAGAGGAGAAGAUCAAAGUGCUCGAUGACUUUGCCGGGAAGUUAAUCGAAGGUGAGCAUUACGCCGCGGACGAUGUGGCGCAACGACGACAGCUAUUAUUGGAACGACGAGCUGUUCUACUGGAGAAAUCCGCUCAAAGACGCCGUCGUUUGGAGGAUGCAUAUAAGCUGCAGCAAUUCGAACGAGACUGCGACGAGACAAAGGGCUGGGUGAACGAGAAGCUCAAAUUUGCCACCGACGACAGUUAUCUGGAUCCGACCAAUCUAAAUGGUAAAGUUCAGAAACAUCAAAACUUCGAGCAAGAACUGAACGCCAACAAGACGCGCAUGGAGGAAAUGGUCGCCACUGGUCAAGAAUUAAUUGACAGCGACCACUACGCCAGCGAUCGUAUACGCACCCGCACGGACGAGAUCAUGACGCUGUGGGAGAGCUUGGCACGAGCCACUGAGAAAAAGGGCGCCAAGUUGCAGGAAGCUUCUCAACAACAGCAGUUUAAUCGAACGGUAGAGGACAUCGAAUUGUGGUUGUCUGAAGUGGAAGGGCAGCUCAUGUCAGAAGACUAUGGCAAGGAUCUUACCUGCGUACAAAAUCUGCAGAAGAAGCACGCGCUCUUGGAGGCUGACGUGGGUUCUCACGCCGACAGAAUCGACAGUAUCUCUCAGGCAGCUGAACAGUUCGUCAAGUCAGGUCACUUCGACGCCGACAACAUCAAGUCCAAGCAGGAUCAAUUGCAUGCUAGAUACAGCACUCUGCAGCGUCCCAUGAGCGUGAGGAAGCAACGACUGUUGGAUUCUCUCCAGGUGCAACAACUGUUCAGGGAUAUUGAAGAUGAAGAGGCAUGGAUUCGUGAGAAAGAACCGGUCGCGGCGUCCACCAAUCGCGGUCGCGAUCUGAUCGGUGUGCAGAAUCUUCAGAAGAAGCAUCAGGCUGUUUUGGCGGAAAUUAAUAAUCAUGAGCCGAGGGUGGCUGCAGUUUGUCAAGCGGGUUCAGCGAUGCUGCAAGAUGGACAUUUCGCUGCUGAAGAGAUCAGUCAGCGACUCGCGGCUUUGGACGAGCACUGGGGUCAGCUAAAAGACAAAGCACGACAACGCAAAAACGACCUGGAUGAUUCUCUGCAGGCGCAUCAGUACUUCGCCGACGCAAACGAGGCCGAGUCCUGGAUGAAGGAAAAGCGGCCGAUUGUGAUGAAUGGCGAUUACGGCAAGGAUGAGGAUAGCUCGGAGGCUUUGCUGAAAAAGCACGAGGCUCUGGUCAGCGAUUUGGAAGCGUUUGCGAGCACGAUCGCGGCGUUGAGAGAUCAAGCUGCCGCUUGCAGGCAGCAGGAAACGCCCACGGUCGACAUCACCGGCAAGGAAUGUGUCGUUGCUCUUUAUGACUACACCGAAAAGUCGCCUAGAGAGGUAUCUAUGAAGAAGGGUGACACCCUGACUUUGUUGAACUCUAAUAACAAGGACUGGUGGAAAGUCGAGGUGAACGAUCGUCAGGGCUUCGUGCCAGCGGCAUAUGUGAAACGCGUAGAACCAGAAGCAGGUCUCAGCGCGUCCCAGCAGAAUCUGGCGAGGGAGCAAAGCUCCAUUGCCGCGCGACAAGCACAGAUCCAGGGACAGUACGAUGAUUUGCUACGUCUAGCACGCGAACGGCAGAACAAACUGAACGAAACCGCCAAAGCUUACGUACUGGUGAGAGAGGCAGCGGAAUUAGCCACUUGGAUCAAGGAUAAGGAAAAUCAUGCUCAAGUACAGGACGUGGGCGAGGAUCUUGAGCAAGUAGAGGUUAUGCAGAAAAAAUUCGACGACUUCCAAGCUGAUUUGAAGGCGAAUGAGGUUCGCUUAGCCGAAAUGAACGAAAUCGCCGUGCAGCUGAUGAGUCUUGGACAGACUGAGGCGGCGUUGAAGAUACAAACGCAGAUCCAAGACCUGAACGAGAAGUGGACCAGCUUGCAGACGCUCACCGCGGAACGCGCUAAUCAGCUAGGCUCUGCACACGAAGUGCAACGCUUCCAUCGCGACGUUGAUGAGACAAAGGAUUGGAUUCGUGAGAAAGACGCGGCGCUGAACAACGACGACCUGGGCAAGGAUCUGCGGAGCGUACAGGCUUUGCAACGCAAACACGAGGGUCUCGAGAGAGAUCUGGCCGCCUUGGGAGACAAAAUUAAGCAAUUGGAUGAGACAGCCAACCGUCUGAUGCAGUCGCAUCCGGAGACCGCCGAGCAAACGUACGCCAAGCAGAAGGAGAUCAACGAAGAGUGGACUCAGCUGACCGCCAAAGCCAACAGCAGGAAGGAGAAGCUUCUAGACUCCUACGAUCUGCAACGCUUCCUCAGCGAUUAUCGCGACUUGAUGGCUUGGAUCAACUCGAUGAUGGGUCUGGUCGCCUCCGAAGAACUCGCUUCGGACGUCACUGGCGCCGAGGCGUUGCUCGAACGUCACCAGAAUCACAGAGCAGAGAUAGACGCGCGAUACGGCAUACUUCCAGAGGAACAUCGUAUGGAGAUAGACGCUAGAGCGGGCACCUUCCAGGCAUUCGAACUGUUCGGUCAACAACUGCUGCAGUCUAGCCAUUAUGCCAGUGUGGAGAUCUUGGAGAAGCUCGAAUCCAUGUCUGAAGCGCGGCAAGAGUUGGAGAAGGCUUGGAUUCAGCGACGCAUGCAACUCGACCAAAACCUCGAGCUGCAGUUGUUCUGCAGGGAUUGUGAGCAAGCAGAGAACUGGAUGAGUGCGCGAGAAGCUUUCCUUAGCAGCGCGGACGUGGUUGACGGCAGCGACAACGUCGAGGCACUCAUCAAGAAACACGAAGAUUUCGACAAAGCGAUUAAUGCCCAUGAAGAGAAGAUCGCCACUUUGCAGACUUUGGCCGAUCAGUUGAUCGCUGCCGAGCACUACGCUGCUAAACCCAUCGACGAAAGACGCUGCCAGGUCUUAGAUCGUUGGCGGCAUCUAAAGGAUGCUCUCAUCGAGAAGCGCUCGAAAUUGGGCGAAUCUCAGACACUGCAGCAAUUCUCCAGAGACGCCGACGAAAUGGAGAAUUGGAUUGCCGAAAAACUUCAACUGGCUACUGAGGAAAAUUACAAGGACCCGGCCAAUAUACAGUCGAAACAUCAGAAGCAUCAAGCUUUCGAGGCCGAAUUAGCAGCCAACGCGGAUCGUAUUCAAUCGGUGCUCGCUAUGGGAGGUAAUCUAGUUGAGAAGCAUCAAUGUGCUGGCUCGGAGGAUGCUGUUCUCAAGAGACUAGCGUCUAUUGCCGACCAAUGGGAAUAUUUGACACAGAAGACUACUGAGAAGUCCAUGAAAUUGAAGGAGGCCAACAAGCAGCGUACCUACAUCGCCGCUGUGAAGGAUCUCGAUUUCUGGCUCGGUGAAGUCGAAAGCUUACUCACAUCCGAGGACGCCGGCAAGGAUUUGGCAUCAGUGCAGAACCUCAUGAAGAAGCAUAAGCUCGUCGAGGCGGACAUACAGGCGCACGAGGAGAGAAUCAAGGAUAUGAAUGCGCAAGCUGACUCGUUGAUCGAAAGCGGCCAGUUCGACGCUGCCGGCAUUCAGGAAAAACGACAGAGCAUAAACGAGCGUUACGAGCGCAUCAGGAAUUUGGCAGCGCACCGACAGGCGAGACUUAACGAGGCCAACACCUUACAUCAGUUCUUCCGCGACAUCGCCGAUGAGGAGUCUUGGAUUAAGGAGAAGAAGCUUCUCGUCGGUUCAGAUGACUAUGGUCGCGAUCUUACCGGCGUGCAGAACUUGAAGAAGAAGCACAAAAGAUUGGAGGCUGAACUUGGCAGUCACGAGCCUGCCAUACAGGCUGUCCAGGAAGCUGGGGAAAAACUCAUGGACGUUUCCAAUUUGGGAGUGCCCGAGAUCGAGCAGCGUCUAAAACUUCUCAAUCAGGCAUGGGCGGAAUUAAAACAGUUGGCUGCUACUCGAGGACAGAAGCUGGAUGAGUCUCUAACGUACCAACAAUUCCUCGCUAAAGUCGAGGAAGAAGAGGCGUGGAUCACCGAGAAGCAGCAGUUACUGUCUGUCGAGGAUUAUGGCGACACGAUGGCCGCUGUUCAAGGUCUAUUGAAGAAGCACGACGCGUUCGAGACUGACUUCGCUGCUCACGGAGAGCGUUGUAAGGAUAUCUGCGAGGCUGGUGAAGCGCUGAUUAAAGCCGGUAAUCAUCGAGCGGACGCUAUCGCGCAGAGAUGCGAUCAGUUGCGCAACAAACUGGAGCAACUGGGAGCGCUUGCGGCUCGCAGGAAAACUCGAUUGAACGAUAACUCCGCUUACCUGCAAUUCAUGUGGAAAGCCGACGUGGUAGAGUCAUGGAUCGCCGACAAGGAGACCCACGUGCGCUCUGAAGAGUUCGGCCGAGAUCUCUCCACCGUGCAAACCUUGCUGACGAAGCAGGAAACCUUCGAUGCCGGUCUUCACGCGUUCGAACACGAGGGUAUUCAGAAUAUCACUUCGUUAAAGGAGAUGCUCGUUGAGUCCGGUCACGAUCAAACGCCUAGUAUUCAGAAGCGUCACAGUGACGUCAUCGUUCGCUGGCAGAAGCUUCUAGCCGAUUCGGACGCGAGGAAGCAGCGUCUAUUGAGAAUGCAGGAUCAGUUCAGGCAGAUCGAGGAAUUGUACCUGACAUUCGCGAAGAAAGCUUCCGCCUUCAAUUCUUGGUUCGAGAAUGCUGAAGAGGAUCUCACAGAUCCUGUGCGUUGUAACAGUAUCGAGGAGAUCCGCGCCCUCCGAGAGGCACACGCGCAAUUCCAGGCCAGCUUAUCCUCGGCUGAAGCCGACUUCCAAGCGUUGGCCGCUCUCGACGGGCAGAUUAAAAGCUUCAACGUUGGGCCGAAUCCGUACACGUGGUUCACGAUGGAGGCAUUGGAGGAUACUUGGCGAAACUUGCAGAAGAUUAUCAAGGAGCGCGACGUCGAACUCGCGAAGGAAGCGCAGCGACAAGAGGAAAAUGAUAAAUUGCGCAAGGAGUUUGCCAAGCACGCUAAUGCGUUCCAUCAAUGGCUUGCGGAAACAAGGACAUCUAUGAUGGAAGGAUCCGGAUCUCUAGAACAGCAACUGGAAGCCACCAAGCGAAAGACGCAAGAAGUGCGCGCUCGUCGCCAAGACUUAAAGAAAAUCGAAGACUUGGGAGCUAUUUUGGAGGAACAUCUCAUUCUGGAUAAUCGUUACACCGAACAUAGUACCGUAGGCUUGGCACAGCAAUGGGAUCAGUUGGACCAACUGGGAAUGCGCAUGCAACACAACUUGGAGCAACAGAUCCAAGCCCGAAAUCAGUCCGGUGUGUCGGAAGAUGCGCUCAAAGAAUUCUCCAUGAUGUUCAAGCACUUCGACAAAGAUAAGAGUGGUCGUCUGAAUCACCAGGAAUUCAAGUCGUGUCUGAGAGCUCUGGGUUACGACCUACCAAUGAUGGAAGAAGGACAACCUGAUCCUGAAUUCGAGAAUAUAUUAGAUAUCGUGGAUCCGAACAGAGAUGGUUAUGUAUCGUUGCAAGAAUAUAUGGCCUUUAUGAUCAGCAAAGAAACGGAGAACGUGCAGAGCUCGGAAGAAAUAGAGAACGCUUUCCGAGCCAUCACUGCGGCAGAUCGGCCAUAUGUCACUAAGGAGGAAUUAUAUGCUAACCUCACGAAGGAGAUGGCCGAUUACUGUGUCGCUCGUAUGAAACCUUACGUAGAUCCCAAGUCGGAACGACCGAUAACAGCAGCGUUGGAUUAUAUAGAGUUUACACAUACUCUUUUCCAAAAUUAAUCGCGCAUAUAUACCUAUUAUUAUCUAUUAUUCUCACCUUUUCAAGCUUAUUAAAUUAUAACCAUAUAAACCGUACAGGAUAUCGCAUUUUUCUUCAAACAGAUCACGUUUGACUAAUAUUUCUAUUAAUAUAUUAAUACAUUAAUAUAUUAUCGCUUGGAAUAUCUAUAUUAAAUUAUCUUAUCGCACAUAGAUGAAUUAGUUGAUGCAAAAACUUGUUGGCUUGUUUUUGAGCGUAAAAUAUAUAUAAACAAAUUUUUCUUCUUUGUGAACAAUUGCAAUAUCUUUUAUUAUCUUUUUUAUUAUAUAAUAGGAAUAUACGUAAAUGACAUAAAAUAAAGGUUACAGAAAUA